AUGUUUCAUGCCUUUCAUCCUGCCUCAGCUUCAUUCAGGAUUGGGGAGAAUAUAAAGGCAUCAACGGCUCCAAAACCUCCAGCAUUACGAAAGGUCAACCGUUCGUGCUUUGAGUGCACAAGGCGGAAGAUCAGAUGCGAUGGAGGCCAACCAUGCACCAAUUGUCGAUACUACAAAGUCGUCAACGCUUGUGGCUAUCGUCAUCGGAGUCAAAGACACGCAGCCUCACGAAACGCCUUGGAGAAGGCCUCGCAAGAGCUGAAUGACCAUAAAGCUGUCCUGAAGGAACUCUUUUCUGACUUGGACAUCAGCUCUCUGAAAGGGAAAGGGAGGGAUCAGCUCCUGCAAGUGCUUGGCUCCCAGACCCGAAAUGAGCAAGAACGAUGGACUGCGAAGGCGGGCGGCUCUGGCAUGGGGACGUCUCAACAGACAUAUCUAGAUUCUCACAAUUUUGAAGGGCAUACUCUUGGGCCAAGGGCGCCGCGAUUUCAAAUUUCGACAAGCCCUGAAAAUCGAGUUAACCCAGAAGAUGACAUUGAUGAUUCCCAGCAAGUGUCCGAAAAUGGGGAGGAGCAUGAUCGCCAAUGGGACGAAGUUCAGACCGAUCCUGACGCCUCAAUAAAACCCAGUGACGACGUCAAUGCGGUCUCUCUGGCCUAUGACCAACACCGAAGAUCCUAUCUCGGCGUUUCUUCCAUCAGUGCUAUCCUUCGCACAAUUUUCAGACUUUGUCCUCUCGCCAAGUCAAACAUCGCCCAAUAUGCGAAGGGAUGGCCAAAGCCUCUUCCGAAGGUGUUUCCCGCAACCCCGACUCAGAUCGAUACGGGCAGAAUGGAUGAGUUACGUUUCAUCGACGCGUAUUUUGACCACAUUCAUGGGAUCACUCCCAUGUUGAAUGAAGCAGAAUUUCGAUCCACAUGGCAAAACAAUAACAGAGCAGAUGCCUCUUGGCUGGCUCUGCUGAAUAUGGUCUGCACCAUGGGAUCAAUUGCGGCAGGCGAAGAACACUCACACAAGCUCUUCCACAAAAAUGCCCAAUCCUAUUUGAAUCUAGAGACAUUUGGCGCGGGAAACAUUGAAAGUCUCCAAGCUCUUUGUCUUCUUGGAGGUUACUAUUUGCAGUACCAGAAUUCUCCCAAUAUGGCUACCGCCUUACUGGGUGCUGCUCAUCGAGUGGCAGUUGCACUUGGCCUCCAUCGGGAAUCAAGGAAGAGUAAUCCAUCCGUGUCGAGUCCCGACAAUUCCACCUUUAUAUCAAGAGCCGAGAUUAGACGUCGUACUUGGUGGAGUUUAUUCUGCCUGGAUACUUGGUCUUCCAUGACAAUGGGGCGACCGACAUCGGGCCGAUGGGAGCAGUCUUCGAUGGAUACGCGACUUCCGUCAAUGAUGGACGACUCCGACGAUGUUGCAUUGUCUUUACAAGCCAGUUCGGAAUUUUGCUUGAUCGCGAAUCGAAUCCAAAGCAGAUUGGCCCAAUUGCAUCGCAUCACUUCCGCCGAAAUGUUUGCCUUCGAUCAGGAGCUUCAAACCUGGCACUCAUCUCUGCCUUCCCCGCUGGUGGCUCCACAUGCCUGCUCUUCGCGGCUGGUGAUGGCUCGAGAUUUCAUGCACAAUCGAUAUUUGAAUUUGCGGCUGAUCCUCUACCGACCGUUAUUACUAUACUCAUCCAGUGGACGGAAUUGGGCCAACAUCAACCACCAUGUAAACCAACAAGAAGCUUCCGUGCACCAUACCUGCAACGAAAUCGCUCAGCAAGCCGUUGAUUCAAUUUCUGACAACUGGACACCCAACCGAGUCCAUGUAUGGAAUGCGUCUUGGUACCUGUUCCAGGCGACCAUGGUGCCACUUCUAUCCAUCGCAGUGGGAAAUAGUCGCCGAGAUGACACACAGCGGGACGAUGUCUCUCAGUCAAAGGAGCUCCUUGUAAAAGUUCUGGACUUGUUCCCUCAGAUGCGACCAUGGAUGAGAUCAGCUGAUCGGUCACAAGACAUUGUCCGAGCUAUAUAUGAGGCCCUCUCGAGCACCGAGCCUCGUCGAACUCCUUCUGUCUCAGAUGGGGAUUUCAAUUUCUUUGGAUGGUAUGACGAAGAAGUUACUUUUGGGGACGAGAUUGAUUGGAGUGCAUUUCUGGUGGGCGACGAAGAACUUGGCUUUGGAAAUCAAAGCAAGAAUUGA